AUGGGGACCAUAGGGCAGCCAAGCAGUGGACUCAUCAGGACAUUCAGUGAUGAACUCCAAGAAAGAGGCUCGACAAACCCCCUUGGGCGCGGCCUCGCGGCGAAGGUCGCUCUUGAUAGACAUCACGAGGAGUUUCUGACACAACAGUGGGACAUUCUCCUCUCUGAUGCUCGAGAACUUCCCAACACACUUUUACAGGAUGACCAUGUGGUCCUUCUUGAUCAAAGCCGGAGACUGUAUGCGGCUUGGAUCAAAUUCAGAAAAAGCCUGCCUCAGUACCAGGACAUGGAAGUGGAUUUGUCACAGCGUCCCGAUAUCAAAUGCCUCAUAGACACAGUGUCGAAGGCUGCCUCAACUUGGCAGGAAGACCGGGAACGAUCCAAAAGCGGGAGACUAAAAGAAAAGUUCUCUAAACUUUGUGAAAACUGCCAAAAUCAUAGCAAGCUGCUCUCUGUGAUUCCAAGUCAGGACAAGUAUAUAAGCUUGCUCACGGGAUCGCUGUCAGCCAUUGCUCAGGCAUCCAUCAAUCACAAGAAUAUCGCGGAAGGCGUGGUAAAAGGGCUGGACGAACUGAGCAAGGAUAUCGAAUUCUGGAAUCGCCAGAUGGAGGAGCAUGGUGACAUUAAGAUGUUGCGUCAGUAUAUUCAGGAGCUAUACGUAGUGGUUUUUGAAGCCUUCACGGACAUCUUUACAAGUUGGUCAAAGAGCAGCUGGAAACGUUUCCUGACAAGUUUUGACGAAGGUGCAUUUACCAAACUAUUUACUGCAAGACGAGGAAGGAUUGAGGCAAUAGAGAGACGUAUUCAGCAAGAAAUCACCCUCGCCUUUCAGCGGAAGACAAGGAUGUCCUUACAAAAGCUGGUUGCUGACCAGGAAAAGUUACUGGCACUCGUCCCACAAGAGUUGGAACAACAACGAUACUUGCUUGGUGCCUCCAUUCAAAAGUUCCUUGAAGAGCAGCUACAGAGUGCUCAACCUUUAUCUCGACCAUCAUCCACGCUUGUUCUUAGCUCUAGUAGUCAGGCUCAACAGUUACUCAUAACAGAACCUGAUGCUCUACCCCAGGAAGAUAACACCAGCCCAAUGACGCUUUAUGAUUAUGAUCGAGCUGAGGUUGCUUCUGUGAUACAUGAGUAUGUCGACCUAUUCAAGCUUGAACUACGUGAACUUGUAAACUUGUCAUCUUAUGCACCACAUCUUCUGGUUGAGCGACAGGUACAUCGACAAUUGACCUUUUGGCUACAAGACUUUAGCUCCAGAAAUCUUUGGAUUCAAGGCCCGCAUGGUGUUACAAAGCCAAGUCAGAACUCCAUGACUGCUGUUUCCAUUGUUGCCCUGUCGCACGAGAACAAUAUUCCUACCGUUUCUUACUUUUGCUCUCUUAGCUACGAUAAUAAUCCCCAGCUGACAAGACGUGACGCGCUGAGGUCAAUGCUUACCUCCAUCAUUGCGCAGUUUGUGCUUUUUCUACCAGCUCGAGGAUCAACAUCCAUGAACCUUUCACCUGCUCGUUUCUCAUCAAUAGCCCAAAACACCCCCAGCAUCGAUGUGUUGCUCCAGUUGAUUCGUGACUUGCGAAAGGCUGGCCCGCGAUAUUUGCACUGCGUCAUUGAUAGCAUACAAAUCCUGGAAGAGCGGUCAGAUCCAGUAUACACGAAAGAUCUAUUGUUGACGAUUGCCACGUUCUGUGAUCUUGCGUACGAUGCCCCUCCUCAAAACCACGAAGACAAUGAUAAUGAAGCCUUGGAGCACUCGAUAAUGAUUACCAAAACAUGUUUCACCACGGAUGGAAUUAUGGAUGGGCUUUCACAAGCGGCAGAAAUAGAUAUCAUUGAAAAGGUUGACUUUGGUGUGGAAGCCAACGAUGGGACUAUGGGAGAAUCUACGUCUAUGAGGUUUUGA